CUCCUCCCUCUCUCUCUUCCUCCUCCAUCCACUACAGCCAACUUUCUCCCUCCUACUCCUCUCUCUCUCUCUCCCUCUCUUUACUCAGUCCCUCGCUCUGCCAGUUAUGAGUGUUGCAGGGUUUGUGGCUGAUGUAAGAACGGACGGCGGGAGAUGUGACAGUCACCAAGUGUCCUCUUCGUCGUCUUCCACCUCUUCACCGUCGCCAUCAUCAUCGUCAUCGUGUCAACACGAUGACAAAAGGAGUAAACAAACAGUCAAAAACAGUCCCAACCGACGUCAGACACCCAAUACCCCUUAUCGAGUUUUCGGUAAACGCCUCCUGAGAACCAGCCAGUUUGUGGUAUCCAGUCGAAUAUGGCUGCACACGAUACCAACACGGAACUGCGAUGUCCUGAUGACAUUCCCACCCAAAACGGAAGAUGCCAAGUUGAUGUGGGUACUGAAACAGCUGAAGGAAAAAGCGCCACAGAUUAUUGUCCAUGUUCGACAUCAUGCCAAAACGGAAGUCUUUGGGUUUUACAUGACAGCCAGUUACCAAAGUCUGUUGAAAGGGGCCGAGAACCUGUGUAUCCGCAAGUCCCUAAAACAAGAUUAUGGCGGUGGAAUGAAAGAAUUCACUUUUGAAGAACAAGACUUAUUUGAAAAUAUCCACAAUGAAAUGGAAUUCUUCACAAGUCAAGAGCGGCAAAGUAUUGUGUAUGGUAUGCUGAAUAAUGUGCGUUCGGUUGGAAAUGAACACAUCGAUGAUACUGUAUUCCGAGAAGGACAAGCCAUUAUUCCAACUUUGGUAACAAACAAUGUCAUCUCUAACGUCUUCCCAUUACACAACAAUGAUGACCUGAUCCGACUGCGAAAUGGCUGGGUGAAUGCAUUUUGUACGACGCAGCCUCUCAAUCAAAUUUGUGAAUACUUUGGAGUGAAGAUUGCGAUGUAUUUUGCUUACUUGGGACAUUACACAACAGCUCUAUGUAUUCCUGCUCUUAUAGGACUUCUGGUGUGGACUAUGGAAGGAUAUGAACAGGAGUCUAGAAAUGUACAUCUUCAAAACACUGACAGACCAAUGAUAUUUGAUGAUUGGUGCUUUGUGGGUUUUGCGUUGUUUAAUGUGUUGUGGGCCACUCUUUACUUGGAACACUGGAAGCGAAGAUCAGCUGAGCUGGCUUACAAGUGGGGGACUCUAGACAAAAAUGAUGAAGUUGUCAUAGAUCCCAGGCCUUUUUAUAAGGGAGAACUUGAAGUAAGUAGUGUCACUGGAAGGCUGGAACCAUUCUAUCCAAUAUGGAAAAGGAAUUUGUUCCGCUACUUUAUAACCCUUCCUGUUGUCAUCUUAAGUCUUUGCAUUGUAUUUGCUGUGAUGCUGGCCAACUUUUACAUUGAGGAACUCAUCACGAAAUUAGUCAACACCGGUGAAUAUGCUUUCAUUGCUAAAGUUUUGCCUAAAGUUUGCCAUGCUGUUUCCAUCUUCACACUCGAUCGAAUGUACACCAGAGUUGCAUACUGGCUGAAUGACAUGGAGAAUCACAGGAUGCAAGAGGCAUACGAAAACCAUCUCAUCAUUAAACUUGUUCUGUUUCAGUUUGUGAAUUCAUUCCUGUCUCUGUUUUACAUCGCAUUCUAUCUGCAAGACAUGGAACUCUUGAGAGAGCAACUGAUGGCUCUUCUAAUAAUGCGCCAAAUUAUCGGAAAUGUGAAAGAAGCUUUGUUACCAUAUCUGAUGUGGCACUUUCGUAUGAUAAAAGCCGGACUGAUCACAACAGUGGAAUCACCAGAGAAGGAAUGUGGUGAACUUCCAUUAAAUACAGAGAAUAAAAAACCCUGCAACUCUGAAGCAUCGGCGGAAGAAGAGGAACAUCUCACUCCAGAGAUGACCAACACAAAUGAAACGGCUGAUCAGCAAGAAAGCAGUGAAGAAAAAACUGCAGGGAACAAUCCUGAAAAUGAAGAUGAAAAAUCUUUGAUUGGGGAUUUGUCUGACAAUAGGGACCGUAUGGAACUGCCCCCUCGCAAAGCUUCAGCUGGGAACUCACCGAGUCAAGCUGAAGUUGAAAGUACGAUGAGUGAGUAUGAAGACACGUUUGAAGAUUAUUUGGAAAUGUUCAUCCAGUUUGGCUACGUGACUCUAUUCUCUUCCGCUUUCCCCCUCGCUGCCCUCUGCGCUCUACUCAACAAUGUCAUAGAAAUUCGCUCGGAUGCAUUUAAACUUUGCAUGACUUGUCGGCGUCCUUUCGGCCAACAAGUUGAGAAUAUUGGAACCUGGGCUGUAAGUAUUGCCAAACUCUGUGAUUACUUCUUGUCAGUUUUUCUCACUACUCGUAAUUUCUAUUUUUAUUCCGCUUUACAGCACAUCAUUCUUGGAGUAAAGAUGUGGAUUGCUUAUGCCAUACCUGACAUUCCUCAAUGGGUCGCUACAGAAAUGUCACGUCUUGAUUUUCUACGACGAGAAGCUUUCAAGAAACUUGACUCUCACCAACCUCAUAAUAAUGUUCUUCAUACGUCAAAGCCAGAGAAUCCAGUUCGUUCGCAGUCAUUACCACCAACAUCAAACCAGACUCCUCACCAACCUCCACAUUCUUCCGUUUCUACUUCGGCAGACACAAUGCCUCUUGGAGACACAGCAUACAUCACCAGACCUUCCACAUUCCAAGAAUCUUUCAGUCCACAACUUCGACAUAGACAAACGCCAUCAAUUUCGGCCGGAACAUCAUGAAAAUAACUAGAAUUAAACACAAACCAAUCACCACUUCCAUUUAACUUGAGGAAGAGGAAAAACUUUUGAUUCAUUUUCAAGAAAUCAUCUUUUCUUUGAAACAAACCAACAAAGAUUAAUUUUUUUUUUUAAAUCAAUAUUUGUUGAUUCUUUCAGUGAAAUUUUAACAUUUUUUCCACGAACGUUUUAUGACAUUUUUUUGUGAUUGAAGCAAAAUUGUGUGUAAGCUGUUGUUAUUGGUUUUGUCUUAGCAAAACCAAAUUUAUCCGAUAUUCCCUUGUUUUUGUUUUAACCAUUUUACUGAAUCAUGUCUUUGGGGUUUAAAGAUGUUGUACUGCCAAAUUGUUACGAGUUCAAACUUCAACAACUACAAUCAGCGUGUUAUAUCCCUGGGACAAGAUACAUGCCUCUGCUUCCCUUUGUUUACCUGGCCAUCAACAGGUUGAAGUACAAAUAUUUAUUUGCCCAGUUCUGCCUGGCUGACAAACAGGUUCCCCAUUGAGGAAGAAAACAUCCAGCAAUAUGCAAAUGUCCCAAAUUUCCCAAGACCAUCUCGUCCGUGAGUGAAGUCAGGGCGAACCAAACUAAAAUACUAAUAAUAAAUGCUCAACUCUGAAAAUAUUUAAGAAAUGACAAAUAAUUUAUUCUCCCUUAAUUUAUCGUUAAAUUUUCAAAAAUAAUUAUUUAAUUUUUAUAUUUCAAUUUGUAACAUUUUCAAAGAUAAAAUAUUUGGUUUGCUGUCAA